AGCCGCUCUGCCCUUCCUCAUCCUGACACUCGUGAAUGCCCCGUACAAGCGAGGCUUCUACUGUAAAGAUGACUCCAUCCGGUACCCCUACCGUCCGGACACCAUCACCCAUAGGCUCAUGGCUGGGGUCACCAUCACAGCCACCGUCAUCCUUGUCUGCAUGGGGGAGGCCUACCUGGUGUAUACCGACCGCCUCUAUUCCCGCUCCAACUUUAACAACUACGUGGCCGCCAUUUACAAGGUGCUGGGGACCUUCUUGUUUGGGGCAGCCAUGAGCCAGUCGCUGACAGACCUGGCCAAGUACAUGAUCGGCCGCCUGCGGCCCAAUUUCCUGGCCGUGUGUGACCCUGAUUGGAGCCGCAUCAACUGCUCGCUGUACGUGCAGGUAGAUUCGGUGUGCAGGGGCAGCCCUGCCAACGUCACUGAGGCCAGGUUAUCCUUCUACUCGGGACACUCCUCCUUCGGGAUGUACUGCAUGGUGUUCUUGGCGCUCUACGUGCAGGCACGCCUGUGCUGGAAGUGGGCUCGGCUGCUGCGGCCCACGGUGCAGUUCUUCCUGGUGGCCUUUGCCUUCUUCGUGGGCUACACCCGCGUGUCUGACCACAAGCACCACUGGAGCGAUGUCCUCGUUGGCCUGCUGCAGGGGGCGCUGGUGGCUGUCCUCACUGUCCGAUACAUCUCUGACUUCUUCAAGCCCCGGCCCUCCCAGCACUCCCCGGAGGAGGAGAAGCUGGAACAGAAGCCCAGUCUGUCAGAUUCACUGACCCUGGGUGAGGCUGACCGCAACCACUAUGGGUAGCAGCCCCCCGCUCCUGAGGCUGGGGCCAGCAUGCCCGCAGACCCCGGCGUGGACUGGUUAGCGCUGUGGGCAGGGUCCCUGCUGGCCGGCCCCUGGAGUGGGUUCUGCACACCCCACUUCCUGCACUGGCCCAGGGUCUGGAGGUACCCGGGGCAGCCCUGACAGGGAGGGCCCUCUCCUCAGCUGCCUGAGUGCCCCUGUGCUGGGCGAGGGCAGAUGAGAGCAGUGAAGUUGCCUGUCGUGUCACGUGUGUGGGUUUCUAGUAAAGC